AUGGAGAGGGGGCUAUGUCAAGGAUACCCUUUAUCGCCUUUCUUGUUUGUACUGGUGGUGGAUGUGUUGAACAGGAUGAUUGGGGAGGCGGUUAGAAAUAGGCGGAUAUCUCCUCUAUUAGUCCGUAGGGAUAAAAUAGAGCUAUCACACCUACAAUUUGCUGAUGACACUAUUUUAUUCUGUCUGCCGGAGGAGGAGACUGUCAGGAACUAUAUGAGGCUUCUGAGGUAUUUUGAAAUGAUGUCUGGGUUGAGCAUCAACUUCGAGAAGUCUAACUUGAUACCAGUGAACUGCAGCCAGGAGUGGGUCAACCGGAUGUGUCAGCUACUAGGUUGUCAGGAGGCAGCUCUGCCGGUGCGGUACCUUGGCAUUAACCUAGGAGCGAAUCCGCAGUUGGUAAAAAUUUGGAAGCCAGUGAUUGAUAAGGUGGAAGAAAAGCUCAGCUUGUGGAAAGCAAAGGUUCUUAGCAAGGCUGGAAAGCUGGUUUUGCAGGAAGAGACUUUGGAUGAGGAGAUACUGAGCUAUAAGUUCACAAAAGAAAUUUGGAAAGGCCUAGUUCCGCCACGAGUGGAAUUGUUCUCCUGGUGUGGUGUGCUUGGGUCUCGGCGUUUGGAUAAGAGUGGAUUACCCCCGGUACUGUGA